AUGCAUGUUGUGUCACGUAUUCGAGGAGUUUCGGUUCCUUGUAUAAACAUCCGUACUUAUAAAACACGCGUCCAGCAACUACAUUAUGAUGGAAUAGAUUAUAAUCAACAAUCAAUAGAAACGAAAGCUGAUGAACAUAUUCGUCGUUGUACAUUCUAUAAAGAUCUUGAUAUUUGGACAUUAUAUAAGACAAUUUGUCCAAAUGUACGUACACUUGGCGAUAUCUUAUACGAAGGUCGUACUGCUUCAAAUAAUGGUUCGUGUGUAGGAAUUUUACAAUCGUCGAAUAGUACAAAAUCAAUAGAAUGGUUAUCCUAUUCAAUGGCAAUCGAACGAAGUCUCAUGAUUGGUUCAUAUUUAUGGAAAUCUGCAAAUCUUACACCUAUGCAAUCAAAAGUAGCUAUUAUGUCCUCGAAUCGACCUGAAUAUCUAUUUGUUGAACAAGCUUGUUAUAUGUAUGGAUUUAUUCUUGUGAAUCUUUACACUAGUUAUGAUCCUGCUGCUGUUAUGAGUUUACUUCAUCGAACUAAAGCAGAAAUACUUGUUGUUGAUAAUAUUGAACGUAUUAAAUCAUGUCAAAAUGAUUUAUUACAAAAUGGUCAACUCAAAAUGAUCAUUGUCAUGGAUGAUAAAAUCGAUAAUCAAACAAAUAAAAUACAAAGUCUUUCAUCGAUCUUAAAGAUAACAAAGGCAAAUGAUAUUUGUGAACGACCGACCAUAGAUCCAAAUAGUAUUGCAACAUUCAUUAUGACCAGUGGUACAACAGGUGAACCAAAAAUUGUGAUGUUAUCGCAUGAGAAUCUUUUAGCAGGAUCAAAAGGACAUAUUCUUCGUAUCGAACGAGCUAAUAUCAAAGGACCUGUUACGGCUCGACACUGUUCAGUACUACCAUUGGCUCAUAUAUUUGAACGAUUCAUUCUUCUCGCAGUCCUUCUACGUGGUAAUCAAGUCGUAUUUUGUCCUACACCAGAUAAAUUUAUUGAGUAUUGUUCUAUUGUAAAACCAACUUAA